CACCGUCAUUCAAUUAUUCAAUUCAACAUACGGAGAAGGUGUAGACUGUGGAUACUGCAAAAUCUAGGGCUUGUGAGCUGAGAGCAAAGCUUAAUGGAACUGGUAGCAGACAAGAAAGAGCAGGAGACAAACAACUCCGGCAACAAUACCACUAAUAUUCAGCCUCUGCCGGGUGCCUCCGACAGAGAAAUCGAAGACCGUGAACGCAUCGCACUCGAUCUCAAAGCAGGUCUUCAUCCUCUCAAGCACAAAUUUGUAUUCUGGUACACUCGACGCACACCUGGAGUUAGAACGCAAACAUCAUAUGAGGACAAUAUAAAGAAGAUCAUAGAAUUUAGCACGGUUGAAAGUUUCUGGGUCUGCUACUGCCAUUUGGCUCGGCCCUCAACAAUGCCAAGUCCAACUGAUUUACAUCUUUUCAAGGAGGGUAUUCGUCCACUGUGGGAGGAUUCUGCCAACUGCAAUGGUGGAAAAUGGAUUAUUAGAUUUAAAAAGUCUGUCUCAGGUCGCUUUUGGGAAGACCUGGUUCUAGCUCUAGUGGGAGACCAACUUGAUUAUGGCGAUAACAUUUGUGGUGCAGUAUUAAGCAUCCGUUUUAAUGAGGACAUACUGAGCGUGUGGAAUCGCAAUGCAAAGGAUCACGAGGCUGUAAUGGCGCUGAGGGAUGCUAUCAAGCGACAUCUUAAGCUUCCCCCCAGCUAUGUAAUGGAAUACAAACCCCAUGAUGCUUCAUUGCGUGACAACUCAUCAUAUAGAAACACUUGGCUGAGAGGAUAGAAAAUUGCCCGAUUGUGGGAUCAUAGGAUGGUCAUAAUGGCAAACAGUUAUACGUGUUUCAGAAUCUCUUGAUUCACACGUAGCACUUCUUUUCCUCCGAAUGUGUUAGAAUUUCUAUGUUUGAAUGGUUUUCGUUGACGGCAUGGCUUUACCCUCUCUUUUACGUUUCUGUUUUUUGCCGCUAGUGUAAUCAUAUCAUAUGUGAUUUCCCAUGCUUAAAGAUA